AUGAGUUUCAAUACGAAUACGAGUACUGGAGAAUGGUAUUCGCAAGGAUGGAUUGAAAAACUAAAGAUUAAUCGACGAUAUUAUACAUCGAUUCCAACAAAACAAAAUGACAACACGAGAAAAAACUUAGAUCCAUACAAUAUCUGGUUGAAAAAGCAUCCUCGUGCCAAGUGGAUACGGCGAUAUACUACAACUGCAUUAACAGAUGCUUAUGGUAACUUAGAAAGUACAGGAGCACAAUAUAUUCGCUGUGACAUUGCCACUUCGCUCGAUACAAUAACACUUCUUAUGUUUAAUUUGUGGAAAAUGAAAAUACCAACUUUAGUUUUGUCAGUUAGUGGUGGAUUUGAUUCUACAUUGAAUAUACACUUCGAAAAAGAAUUUAUAGAAAGUAUUACGGAUGUGGUCUUGGGAUCAGAUACUUGGAUUUUCACAAACGGCAAUAAAAAUGAAAUUGGUCCUCGAUUAGUUGGUGAAAUUGUUUAUAAAAAUCGAUUAAAUCUUCUACGAAAUCCACAUAGUGAUGACAAAAAUAUUUAUGCUAUUGGCGUAUCAAAUUGGGCAAAUAUAAAAAAUCGUCAAGAAUUAAUUCGAAAAGGAAAUACUCAGACAUCGGGAAGGGCAUCGUUGCAAGAACAAAGGGAUUUUGUUGAACCGAAAAACUUGAACGGUAGACAAGAGUUAGAACCAAAUCAUACACAAUUUAUUCUUUUCGAUGAUGGUACACUGGAACCAUCGUAUGAUGAUCGAUAUCGAGCACAUCUUGUACGAGCUAUAUCGCAAGGAGCGCAAAGAGCAAUACCCCAAAUAACCAUUGUUCUCGCCGGUGGUUUAAAUACAUUAGAAGCUACGUUUGAUGAUCUUCGUGCUAAGAUACCAGUGGUUAUUAUUGAUGGUAGUGGACCACUAGCCGAUUUACUAGCAAAAUUUCUUAAACGAAAUGCCAUAAAAGAAACUUCUGGUAUCUCUGACAAAACAAUUAAAAAUGAUAUGGAAUAUCAACCGGAAGAAGAUGAAUAUUUGAAAUAUGAUGAAAUUGAAAAUUUUGAUCGUGACCAACAGGAAAAGCUUUUAAAAGAAUUUAAAUUACAAAUAAAUGAAGUACACGAAGGAUUAACUCAAAUACUUCAAGAUGAAAAAUUAAAUCAAUUUGGUUCAUCUAAACAGUCGGAGCGUGGUCUAUUAAAUCUUGCUGAUAAAAUAUAUUUGAAAAAAAUGGUUUUCAUGUUUCUAUAUUGUCUUGAUUCAGAAAAUCGACAUAAUAUACGAAUAUUCAAUUUUUCAAGCAAUAAAACGCUGUAUGAUUCUAUUUAUGAAUCAUGCAUACAAGCUCGUGACAAUUUGUCAAAAAAAACUCAAAUUCCAAUUUGGAUUCGAGAUGAAUUAAAAACAGCAAUCAGUUGGAGUCGUGCUGAAGCAGCUAAAGAACGACUUUAUAUACUUGUUGGUGAUACAAUUGAAAUUAAAGAACGGAAGAAUUUAUUAAUAAAAGCUUUAUUAGAAACACAGCCGACAUUUGUAGAUAAUUUUCUUAGAAUUGGUUUAGAUUUAUCAUUAAUAUUGAUUAAUGAAGAAACAGAAGUAUCUGAUCAAAUACAAGAAAAUAUAUAUAAAUGGAAUGUACGAAGCGAAUUAUCCGUUUUGAAACAGUAUGAAUUUGAUUAUUUAAGCAAACUUUACGAAAGCGAUAUCGAACGUAAAUCAGAUCGUCUCUGUUGCUUUCAUAAAAUCUUUCCAAAAAAAGCUCGAGAAGAAAAAGAUGCUCAUGUAACAGAAAGAAAAUGUACACCUCUUAUUCUAAAUGAAGUUUUAGCCGAUCUUAUCGGUGAUUAUAUGGAACCAUUAUAUACAUCUAAAAUAAAAAAUUAUCUGUCGUCGUCAUUGGAUGCAUGUUUUCGAAAAAUUGAAAAAACACGAACACAUAACGAUAUUAAAUUAGAAUAUGUUUAUCGUGAUUUAUUUCUAUGGUCAAUAUUAACACAUCGAAUUGAAAUGGCAAAAUUAUUUUUAAAACAUAUGAGAACACGGAUAUGUGCAUCUUUGAUAGCAGCAAAAAUCAUCAAGGCAAUAGCUCGACGUGAAUAUGAUCGUGCAAUUCGGAAUGAAUAUGAACAAGAAGCUAAUUAUUUCGUAUCAUUUGCUAUUGAAUGUUUAACAUGUUGUUAUAAUAAUGAUAAAGAAUAUGCAUGUGAAUUAGUGAUACGUGAAGUUGAUAUGUUUGGUGGUGUUACCUGUUUACAAGUAGCUGCGGCUGCUGAUAAUAAAAAGUUUCUUCAUGAAGAAACAUGUCAAGUCGCAUUAACGAAUAUAUGGUAUGAUCGAAUCGAACCAUUGAGAACAAAAUAUCAAUUUUAUUUUGAUUUAUUGACCUUUGAUAUACCGUCAACAAUCAAGUGUUUAUUAGAACAAAAACGAGCGGUAACAAAAAAUAAUGUGGAAAAUAAGAAUGAAUCAAGUUAUUUUAUGUUAUUUAAUUUUAAACCAGUCACGUCUAAAAAUCCAAUUCACUGGACAGAAAUACUGACCAUUACUUUUAUCACAACCAUGCUGAUUGAAGACGUUAGACAGACUAACGAUACAUUUUCCAUCCCCAGAAUUGUAAUGGCUUAUGAUCUGGAACUUUGGUUUAUACGGUCAUUUUUAUUUAUUGGUGUGAGCAGAAAUUUUGGUCCAAAAUUGGUUAUGAUAAGAAAAAUGGUCGGUAUAUCAACGAGUGAAAUAACUUUUGCUUAUGGUGUAACAUCUCGUGCUAUGUAUUUAUAUGGCACAAUUGAUUUCACUGUUGGACAGAUAUUUAGCAAUAUUCUUCAUCCAGUUUAUUAUUUUAUUUAUGGCACUUAUGAUGAUGAAAGAACAGCAUUGCAAGCUGGUGGCGCUGAUGCAAAAAAUGUGGCAACACAAAUUUUAUUAGCAUUUCAUCUAUUAUUUGUGAAUAUUUUAAUCCUUAACUUAUUGAUUGCUAUGUUAACAUUUACAAUAACUGCUGUUCAAGAGAAUAAGGAACUUAUAUGGGCUUUUGAUCGUUACGGAAUAAUACGUGAAUAUUAUUUUCGUCCACCAUUAUUUCCACCCCUUUCGAUAUUUGUGCAUAUUUAUUGGUUAAUAACAUAUAUUUGGUUUAGCUGUAUAAGAAAACAAUAUGUAUCAAAGAAACAAUUUAAAUUGAUGGCUUGUGAUUGUGUCAGAGUUGAAAAUGAAUGGAUCAAUUUUGAAAGUUAUUCAGCAAAUAAUUAUGUACGAAAACUAUUAGGAUCAGCAGAAUCAGUAUCAACGAAUACAAAGUAAAGUUUUGUGCUUAUGGAAAAUUUGAUUAUUGACUUUUUUUACACACCAUAAACUAAUAUGUCGCGUGUGUUGCAAAUUGUGACAUAUUCUUGGUUGACACAAUCAUCUGCGAUACCGGAGUCACUCGCAACAGAUCUUUUGCAUUGAGACUGCAACAUAUUUUCGUGCGAUACAUUCCUCUGAGCAUUUCUCUCAAAAAGAAAAUAGUGCGAAUUAAGUAUUUCUGAUCUAUUAUUCGAUUUUAAGAAUAUUUUAAGGGGGAAGGAGGCGGACGCUCACCAAAGGUACUGUUUAACCUUCUUAGAUUGUAGAGAACACUUGACUGCAUAUAUCCUAAAUUGUUUUCGAAGAGCCGGUAAGUAUUCAUGGAGUUAUAAAAUAAUUAAGAUAAAAUUUUAGCACAAAAUUUAAUAAUGCGCCAUAUUAAUAGUCGUAGAAACGCCGUUUUACCGUAGUUUGGUAUUUCAAAAAAAAUUGAAAAAAAAAUAUUUUUAAGGUAUUCAUUUGUAAUUAAUUAGUGUUCAGCAACGCUAAUUAGCAUUACUCUGAUAGCUUACACUUUCAUUUCUAAAUUAACGAUUUGUUGGAAACCGUAAAGUAAUAGCUCGUUCGACAGAGAUUUUCAAGCGUUACAAAACUUUGAAUUCGUUUUUUCAAAAAUUUAUCCAUAAGAAGUUAUUGUAGCCCGGUUUUUUUGGAAUAUCAGGUUUCAAUGAGGAUUAUUAUUAUCGGCGCCAAAAUACAAGGCAGUCUGUUAUUUUUUGAAUAACUCAAAGACAGUAAAUGAUAGAGAACUGCAGUUUCCGGCAGUCGAAAGAGGACAGUUUAGCAUAUAUUUUCAUAUACAGAAAAGUUUUUUGAACAAAUUUGUGAAACCGGUUUUUCAGAGGAUCUCCGUAAAACUAGAUUUUAAGUCCACAAUUUUACACAACAAUCUAUCGUUUCAUUCCAUAGAUAGAUAGUUCAAAAUGUCCUCUACAAAAUACUAUCCAAGCAAAAGUUUCAUUCUGCUUGGUUUGGGAGCUUCCGACGUUUUUUCCGGAGUCCUAGGACAUCUUUAUUCUUCGCUCUGGGACUUUCAGAAAUGCCUGAAAACAGAGGUUACGACCGUGCUGGAUCACGUGGCAAUGUUAGUUUUCAGAGCAAAAUGCAUGAACCGAGUGAAAAUCUAUACUAGGUGAAAUAACCUGGAUAGUAUUAUUUUUUAAGAGCCUCGCCACUGAUUGUGGCUCAACGAAGCACAAUGGCGAACAACUUUUGCUGACCAAAAUCUGUCUUAGGUGCCAGAUACGAUAGUGAGUGUAAUACUUUUUUCAGUGUAACAGAAAAGUUUUGAGAAAAAUUAAGAGAGACUUCGCGACUCAGUCGAGCAUUGCGUCCGAGGUCAGUGGAAUGGUCGAAAUUAAGGUAUAUAUUUUUUCAUAUUUUUGGAUUCUGCGAUCAAAAGUGGGGUUAUGAAAACAUUUUUAGCCCGUUUGAACUUAUUUUGACUGAGUUCUGAAUUUUUUAAGUA